AUGACAUACUUUCAGAAUUUAAAAUUUAAAAAGAACACCUGGGAGAAUCCGUGGGCAAGUAGAAUUGCCUUUGUUUUCUUUGCUUUCUAUCUCUCUCUCUCUCUCUCUCUCUCUCUUUGAUAGUUUCCAUUGUGCGUCACAUUUGAACAAAUUAUUGUCUGAAGUCAUGUGACAUAGGAAGAGGAACUACCUUGAGUGAAACACACACCUACGCCCACAUGAUAAUAUACAUACUCAGCCCAAGCUAGAGACUCAGUCAUAAAAAGAAAGAGGUUACAUCCAAGUAGUGGAACAUUAGUGACAACUAUCAAAGAAGCAAAGUAUCGACUUAAGGAGAAAAAUGAUACAAGAAUAUAUAAAAAUGCAAGUUCUGCUUUUUCUAGCAACAGCCAUGUCUAUCUCAUGUUCCAACACUGUGAGAUCCACUGAGGUGAUUGUGGCCAGUGGCUCAGAUGCAGUGUUGCCUUGUGCAACGUCUCCCUCAAAUGAUCACCAAUCUGCGGUCACCUGGAAAAGAAUUAUUGAAAGUGAAGAGAGGACAGUGUGGCGCAGGGACAAGAGUGGGAUGGAGUUUCGGCCAGUGGGACAAGCACCACAAGUUUACUGUCCGCAUCCGAACUUUCAAAGUUCGGAUUUUAGUCUUCAUAUCAAAGACACAAAAGAGGAGGAUGCAGGAAUGUAUCGCUGCGAGGUGGGACACAGGUUCUUCAAGAAUGUCAUUCUACGGGUUAUAAAAGUGUCCAUAAAUCCUGCUGUGGUAUUCGAGGGUGAUCAGCUGACACUGAGCUGCAGUGUCACGCCACAGACCAGUGUCACAUUAGUAAACUGGCAACUAAAUGGCUCACGAAUUACCAGCCAAAAUACAUUCACUAUCGAUAAAGUUUCUCAGAAGGAUGCAGGAACUUGGAGUUGCCUGAUUAGUAACAAAUCAACAGACGAAAAAGCAUCCAUAUUGGUGCAGGUCAAAGGAAUCCUGGUCCCUAGGGAUAACUCAGAGGUAGUGUAUGCAGAAUUGGGCUCCUCUAUCAACCUGCCCUGCAUCUUCUCAGAUGAAAUUCUCUCAAACAGAGCUUCCUGGAAGAAAGAAUCCAAAAAUCAGCCUGCAUUGCUUCCUGAGUUUUUUAACAUUUCUUACAAUCCUGGCGUUUCCCAGUCCUCCUCAGUGAAGGGGGACAGAUCUGCAUACAUUAAGAGUGUGCAGGAUGGAGACGAAGGCACAUACAAGUGUUUGGGACAGUUGAUGAGAGCCAACAGCAAAAAUGUGGAGGUGGAGAGAACCAUUCAGCUGGUCACCACGCAAGUUCUGAGCUCAUACAGAAAUGGCAAAACAUUCCUGACCUGUCACCUUAGCAGCACAAAUCAAGUCACCAAUUAUGAGUGGCUCUAUGUGGAAUAUGGUGUAAAUGAUUCGCGGACGUUCACCUCUGUCCAAAAUUCAACAUCGAAAUUGCUGAUCGUUCCAAAAGAGAGGCACAUAAGAGAAUGGGUGUGCCGUUUCUAUAACCAACAACAGCUUUUGGGAAAUGUAACUUACCAUUUGCCAAUGAUGAGUGCUUGGGAGGGAGAGCAACAAUCUACAAGUGGAAACAAAGUAGUGAUGAUUAUAGGACUGUGUUUUCUGUUUUUGUUGUUGGUACUUAUUGUGCUUCAGCUGUACAAAAACCAUCGCAGGAGAAAAAUGAUCUUGCAGUAUCCUGCUAUGGAGACAAUUGUCCACCUCGCCUCAAAUCAGCGAGAAUAUAAAGAAAGACUCGAAGUGAGAGAGAAAACCCAGAAUGGUGCAUGUGGUAAAGACCUGAAACCAGUCAGUGUGUAAAUCCAUUGACAAUUUGGUUGUUUCUGAGUUCAACUUCUUAAGAUUAUACUUGCAUUUCUAUUAUAAUUUCACUGUUUAUAUGUGUGUGUGUGUGUGUGUGUGUGUGUGUGUGUGUGUGUGUGUGUGUGUGUGUGAGAGAGAGAGAGAGAGAGAGAGCAAAGAAAAAAAGUAACAAAUACUUUUAGGAAAUUGUAGCAUAUAUUUUCUUACAACUUUUAUUGUCAUAAUACUAAACAUAACUACAAUAAUUUUUUAUGCUGAUAUUUAUGUAUAAUACUGUAAAAACAUAUCAAUAAAGUGCCUAUAUUAUUAUGAAUGUGUAAUUUUUUAAUAAAAAAAAUAUAUAAUAAUAAUAUAAUGAUAAUAAUACUAAUACAUAAUACA